GAUGUCUCGCUUGCAUCCGGAUAAUGUAACUUACUUCUGCAUACUACCCAAUUUGCAUUAUGAGCAACAUAGCAACGAGGGGGCUAGUAGCUGUGUUGUGACAGGGCAAAGUUCGAACGAGAUGGCUUUCAUAGAUUCAAUUGAAUAAGUAUGCAAGAAUCGGACCCUAAUUUCCUGUCGCAUUCUCUCUAGGAUACUUUCUCUCUUGAGCUCAGCAGGAUUUUUGCAGACAUGGCUCCAGAAAUCUACACGUUGACAGAAGUACAGACCGUUGCUCAAGUGCACCCUUUUUACAACAAAGAUAUCUUGUACCCUCCCAGCUCAGCUGCAAUAUUGAAGUAUCGCGAGUUGGCCAUUGAUCGAGAAAAAGAUUUCAACUUCCAGCAGCAGCCAUUGCUUGACAAGAAAAAACUGUAGGAACAUGUACCAUGCAAUAGCACGACUCACACAUGAUGUGAAUCCGCAGAAUACCUAUCGACAAGCCUCAUAUAUGAGCAUCACUGGUGGUGGCUCUGGCGGGAUACCUAUGAUGUUUGCUGUGGAUGUUCAUGAGAAUCGACGACAGCGAGCUCGGAUGGGUGAUUUUCUCAGCCUGUGCAGUGUUAUUAAUCCUACAGACGUGGUGUUAUCCACUCAUUCGUCAGGAGGAUUUUACAGGUCACUCGAUCUCACGACAGAAAUUAUGGAAAAUGCGGGGGCGACUGUUUUCAGUGCCGGAAGUUACAUGCCGCAUGCUGAAGUUGCCAUGGCUCUGGCCAAUUAUCAUAUAAACGUACUUACCGGCGAUGGGAGUCAGGUUAUUCAGGUCGUUCAUCAAAUAUCUUUGCUGCCUCAAGAGGAUCGUGAGCGUAUUGUUUUGAAUAAGAUCAUCUACACUUCGGAGCCUCUUACUAGUCCUCAACGAGUGUUCACCAAGUCCGUUCUAAAAGAUAUUAAAAUAUUUUCCAUUAUGGGCAGUGCUGAGAUGGGCCCUUGGGCAAUCAGCAGUCCCGAACUUACUGGGGAGCAAAGCCUUGACAGCAAUAGCACCGACUUCAUCUUUGACACAAGAAGCAUUAUAAUCGAGAUCUUUUCCCCAUCCGUUAUGGAUGAUGCAACUUCGCUCGAUAUGCAUCUGCUUUCUGAAGGAAAAACAGGGCUUAUCGUACAGACCUCACUCCAAAGAUUGCGUAAUCCAUUGGUACGUUACAUCUCUGGUGAUGUUGGGUCCAUUCACCCUCUUUCGAAUGCAGCCUAUGCUAUGAUUCCUGAGGCCGAUCGGGAGCAUCUGCGUGUGUUACGCAUGCAUGGCCGUGACCAUCGCUUUAGCUUCAAGUGGUAUGGUGCUUAUUUUGAGUUCCCGAAGAUUGACGCUUUUAUGCAAGAAGAGCAAAAUGGCAUCUUGCAAUGGCAAAUAAUUUUGGAUCGACUUAUCGGCGUGCCACAGUCAACCUUGGAAAUCCGCUUGCUACGAUCGCCUCCACGAGGUGGAGUUGUAUCUGACGAAGCUCUCAGGAAGUCACUGGAAUUCUUUUUUGUCGUGUUACCAGAGAAUGAACACCUGAUACGAAUUCUGUUCAUAGACAGUCUGGAAGGCUUUGAGCGAAGCGGUACCUCCAGAAAAGUUAUCAAAUUUGUUGAUCGGUGGAAUUGAGUUGGCUUUGCGUAUUGCAGGUGUCUUUCCAAAUUAUAUGCACGAGAAAACGGAGGAAGUUUGAGACUAUGAAGAAUACAUGUCAAUCAUCAUAUGCCACGAAUAUACUGAUUCAUAUUGGAAUCAUCGAUCUUGUCAGCCGCUCAAUUCCAGUAGCAGGAUAUACAAUAGCAAAUAGUUACAUGUGGUUACUGUGCUCUAUUCUUACCAAGAGUUGAUACACAAUCAUUGCUAAUUCCUACCAAUAGUAAAUAUAUAUACCCGUAGACGCUGUAUUUUCCAGUGAACGUCAUUCUUAAAUGACCUGUAAUAUGCA